AUGGACCCCUCGACGAUCGAUUACCAGGAAGACCGCCAGGCUCUGCAAUAUCGAAACUAUCUGUCUUCUGCCUGUCUUCCGCAACCAAUCCCUGAGAAUCGCCAAGGUAAUCACACUCGUGAUGCCUGGUCUCGUCAGAUAAAUCCUUCUCUGUCUCUACUCCAAGUCAACAAACAAGUCAACGCGGAAGUCACCCGAUUUCUCCAGCACCGACGCACCAGCGACUAUUCAGUUGACAUUGUGUAUGUUAAGGGUCUAGGCCUUUGGCCAACAUGGUCUAUCCCGGCUCUGCCACAAACGCCCUACAUCAACUCAGUCUACACGAUCUUAAGAAUAUCAGAUGACCCCCCAGCUCUGCCAGGUCAUAUACUAGACGAAUCAGAUACCAGCCUUAGCUGGAAUUGCAGAAGCGUCCUCUUGACUUACCUCGAGGGGCUACUCUCAACACUAUUCAAUCGUGGACCGGGCUUUUUGGACCGCAGCCGCAGCCAUCAUGAAGAUGACCCCAAUUUUGCCCCCAAAUAUGUAGUCAAUCGCAUCGUCAUCAACGUUAUUUCGGCCACCAAGGCCUCGGGCCAAAACAACACGCUGACGGGCGAUGAGAAAUCCCAGACUAGCCACGGCCGUCGAAGCUAUUGGCAAAAGGAUGGAGAGAAACCGCGAUCACCUGAGAAUCGACUGGUGACGGGCAUGACAGCGCUUCUAGAACGGAUCCUGAACCCGGGCUAUCAAACCUAUCUACCACACAUCGGAAUGAUGAUGUACGAACACAUCAUCGGUUCGUUCAUAUUCAUGCUGGACGGGAAACAGGUUUGGAAGAUCGAUAUGGAAGACAGGCUACAGAACUGGGGAGCAUGUCAUCUGGCCCUCGAGGCUCCAGAUAAAUUGCCGAAGUACCAGGAAUGGAAGCAUUGGGUGGAUGAAAGGCGAACGAGAAUGAAGCAAGGUGUUGAUUUGGAUAACACGAGGCCUGCCAUUGACGACAUCUGGAGCCGCCGGCCAGAUCGUCGAGAGGAAGAAGCAGAUUGA